UGACCCAGAACUCAUGUUCAGGAAACACGGCUUCCUUCAGAAUGGUCAAAAUAAUGGCAUGAGGCGUUUUGGACCUUUUAUCUCCCAGUGAGAAUCUUCUGAUGAUGCAAGGACUUUGAGAUUUAAUCCAAGCCAUGUGGUAAAGUCGGGGGGUCUGAAGAAAAUGGAAAGGCCCCCGUUUCUGUGGCUGUGCCUUUUCCUGCCCCUGGUAAGAGGACACAGCCUGUUCACCUGUGAGCCAAUCACUGUGCUCAGAUGUAUGAAAAUGGCCUACAACAUGACCUUCUUCCCCAACCUGAUGGGCCAUUACGACCAGGGAAUCGCCGCUGUGGAAAUGGAGCCCUUUCUGCCUCUUGCAAAUCUGGAAUGUUCGCCAAAUGUUGAAAUAUUCCUUUGCCAAGCUUUCGUACCAACCUGCACAGAGCAAAUUCAUGUGGUUCCACCUUGUCGUAAAUUAUGUGAGACAGUAUAUUCUGAUUGCAAGAACUUAAUUGACACUUUUGGGAUCCGGUGGCCUGAAGAACUUGAAUGUAACAGAUUGCCACACUGUGAUGACUCUGGUCCCGUAACUCCUGAUCCACACACAGAGCUCCUUGGUCCUCAGAGGAAAACUGAACAAGUCCCAAGAGACAUUGGCUUUUGGUGCCCAAAGCAUCUCAAGGCUUCAGGAGAGCAAGGCUAUAAGUUCCUGGGGAUUGACCAGUGUGCCCCUCCGUGCCCCAACAUGUAUUUUAAAAGUGAUGAGCUGGACUUUGCCAAAAGUUUCAUAGGAAUAGUUUCAAUAUUUUGUCUUUGUGCAACUCUGUUCACAUUUCUUACGUUUUUAAUUGAUGUUAGAAGAUUCAGAUACCCAGAGAGACCAAUUAUCUAUUACUCCGUCUGCUACAGCAUCGUCUCUCUCAUGUACUUUGUUGGGUUUUUGCUGGGCAAUAGCACAGCUUGUAAUAAGGCAGACGAGAAGCUGGAGCUCGGGAACACGGUCGUUUUGGGCUCGAAGAACAAGGCUUGCAGCGUGGUGUUUAUGUUUUUGUAUUUUUUCACAAUGGCUGGCACUGUGUGGUGGGUGAUUCUCACCAUUACUUGGUUCUUAGCUGCAGGAAGAAAGUGGAGUUGUGAGGCCAUUGAGCAGAAGGCGGUGUGGUUCCAUGCGGUUGCCUGGGGGAUGCCCGGAUUCCUGACGGUCAUGCUGCUCGCUAUGAACAAAGUCGAGGGGGACAACAUUAGCGGGGUUUGCUUCGUGGGCCUUUAUGACCUGGAUGCCUCUCGGUACUUUGUCCUCUUGCCUCUGUGCCUCUGUGUGUUGGUCGGGCUGUCUCUCCUUUUAGCUGGCAUCAUUUCCUUAAAUCAUGUUCGACAAGUUAUACAACAUGAUGGCCGAAACCAAGAGAAACUGAAGAAAUUCAUGAUUCGAAUUGGAGUCUUCAGUGGCCUGUAUCUUGUGCCCUUAGUGACACUUCUUGGUUGCUAUGUCUAUGAACUAGUGAACAGGAUCACCUGGGAGAUAACUUGGUUCUCCGAUCAUUGUCGCCAGUACCGCAUCCCGUGCCCUUAUCAGGCAAAUACAGAAGCUCGACCAGAAUUGGCUUUAUUUAUGAUAAAAUACCUGAUGACAUUAAUUGUUGGUAUCUCUGCCGUCUUCUGGGUUGGAAGUAAAAAGACAUGCGCAGAGUGGGCCGGGUUCUUUAAACGGAACCGCAAGCGAGACCCCAUCAGCGAAAGCCGGAGAGUGCUGCAGGAGUCCUGUGAGUUCUUCCUGAAGCACAAUUCCAAAGUGAAACACAAGCAGAAACACUACAAGCCAGGGUCACAUAAGCUAAAGGUCAUUUCCAAGUCCAUGGGGACCAGCACAGGCGUGACAGCAGACCACGGCACCUCUGCCGUGGCAAUCGCUGACCAUGACUGCUUAGGACAAGAAACUUCCACCGAAGUCCAGACCUCCCCGGAAGCGUCCGUGAAGGAGGUGAGAGCAGACAGAGCAAAGGACCGGGACUGUGGAGAGCCUGCUUCCCCUGCAGCGUCCAGCUCCAAGCUCUCUGGGGAACAGAACGACAGGAAAGGCCGAGCGGGCAGUGUGAAGGAAAAAAGCAGUGUGUCGGAAGGGGCUCCAAGUGAAGGAAGGGUAAGUCCGAAGAGUGACAUCACUGAAACUGGCCUAGUGAAGUGCAGCAAUUUGCAGGUCCCCAGUUCUUCAGAACCAGGCAGCCUCAAAGGUUCCACAUCUCUGCUUGUUCACUCAGCUUCUGCAGUUAGAAAAGAGCAGGGUGCUGCCGGGCAUGCAGACACUUGAAGAAACUUUUAUCUCAUGACCCUGGAAGUCAGUUCUUAUUACACUGGAGACGACAAUGCAUUUGUCUUUUUAAAAAAAACCACUGUUGAGCUGGGAGAGUAGCUCAGUGGUAGAGCAUUCACCCGGAAUACUUGAGGACCUGGGUUCAUCUCCCAGCACUGCAAAAAGAAAAAUCACUGUUACAUUCUUCUUUUGCACUGAAACCAGCUUUGUCUUCUGCCUAGUUUUUUGUUUGUUUGUUCGUUUGUUUCGAGACAGGGUUUCUCUGUGUAGCCCUGGCUGUCCUGGAACUCACUCUGCAGACCCGCCUGCCUUGCUGGGAUUAAAGGCGUGCGCCAGCACCACUGGCUGUGUGUCUGCUGUUAUCCUGGGGCAGGGGGACAGAUUUCAAGAAUAGUACAAUGCUUUCAUACCUGGAAAAAACAAAAAUAUCCAGGUUAAUAAUAUUUUCAAACUGUAGGGGGUGGAGAGGGCAUUAGAGGAAUCUUCCUUCUAUUUAUGAAGAUUCUUUCUUUAAAGUAUUUUAAGAUAUUUUAUGCUGUUUCAUUCUUUUGAUAUAAAACCAGGAUUUUUCUGAAGUAUUUAAAACUUAUCAUUAAACCUUUAUAUGUAUGUGUAUAUAUAUAUUUGAAAACACACUUAUAUGCAUUUGAACUUUUUUGAAAAUCCUAGAAAAUUGAUUCAAAUAUUUGUAUGAUGUUAUUCUAAUAUUUUAGCUACUUUGCUAUUACUGUAGCUGUUACACUGAAUUUAUAAGAAACUUGUAAAACAGCAUUCUUUAUAGUAUAAAGAACAGGUAUUACACUGAAAGGUUUGUAAGAAGCAUUCACCUUUCAAAGCCACUCCACCUUACCUUACCUGUGAGUUUUGUGAGUGUUGACAUGUGAAGAGUUUCACAGGUCUCUGAAGGAGAUGCUGUGGAGACAGUGUCCUCCUUGUUGUCCUGCCUCCUGCUGUUUGCAUCUGACAUUGGCAAGCUUUCACUUGUAAUUUUUUUUUUUUUCUGGAGCUGAGGACCAAACCCAGGGCCUUGCAGUUGCUAGGCAAGCGCUCUACCACUGAGCUAAAUCCCCAACCCCUCACUUGUAAAUCUUUAUAAAUUACACAAAGCUAUUGAGUUCCUUUUUUUUUUUUUUAAGGUUUCAUGACCACUCAAGAUUGAAUUAUGGCCAUUUAUAGUUGCUCAUACUUUUCUAUUUUAUUAUUUUUUAUCUUUUUGAGACAGGGUCUUACUAUGUAGCUCUAUCCAGCUGUCCUGGAACUCAGUAUGUAGACCAGGCUGGCUUUAAACUCACAGAGUGCCGCCUACCUCUGUCUCCCAAGUGCUGAGAUUAAAGACUUGAGCCACCACACCCAGAUUUCAUCCUUUAUUAAAAUUUAAACUUAAAUUUUUAUAGUACUACAGAUACAUUGUAUUGUAUCUUUCUCAGAUGCUGUGCAAAAUUCAUGUCUGCAACUGAACAUGCAAAAGAAAGUGUGCUGGUAAUAGUAGUGAAAUAUACAGGGAAAUGUAACAAGUGGUAAACUAAUGUGGUUUGAACAACACACUUGAAAAUAACAAGGAAUUUCCUUAAUUUUGUUUCUCAUUAAGUAUUAUUUCCUGAGCAACAUUUUCUUGGGUGCUUUGGGCCUGUCAGACCUUCUGCUAAAGUUUAAAUUAAAAUUAUCAUGUACUGUAUGGAAAAUGUUGUAAAUACUAACUUUUCCACAUUUGUAAACUUUGUACACAAGAACUUUUUUGUGUGAUCUUUUCACCAAUAAAAUUUUCUUUGUAUAAA